GGCAACCAGGAGAAGCCAAACUUGGUCAUCCCUUUGGAAUCGCGCGGGAGUCCCAGCGCGCGAGCCGACCGCGCGGCGCUCAUGGCGCUCUACGAGCUCUUCUCCCACCCCGCAGAGCGCGGCUAUCGCGCGGGGCUCUGCUCCAAGGCCGCGCUGUUCCUGCUGCUGGCCGCCGUGCUCACCUACAUCCCGCCGCUGCUGGUGGCCUACCGGAGCCACGGCUUUUGGCUGAAGCGCAGCAGCUACGAGGAGCAGCCGACCGUGCGCUUCCUGCACCAGGUGCUGCUCGUGGCCCUGCUGCAACCCGAGCAGGGCGGCUUCCUCGCCUGGAGCACGUUCCCCGCCUUCAACCGGCUGCAGGGGGACCGGCUGCGCGUCCCGCUCGUCUCGACUCGAGAAGAAGACAGGAACCAGGAUGGGAAGACAGACGUGCUGCAUUUUAAACUGGAGCUUCCCCUGCAGCCCACUGAGCACGUCCUCGCCGUGCAGCUCAUCCUGACCUUCUCCUACCAGCUGCACAGGAUGUCAACGUUCGUGAUGCAGAGCAUGGCCUUUAUCCAGUCCUCCUGCGCGGUGCCCGGGUCCCAGCUGUACGUGAACGGAGACCUGAGGCUGCAGCAGAAGCAGCCGCUAAGCUACAGUGGCCUGGACGUCCGAUACAACGUGUCUGUGAUCAACGGGACCAGCCCUUUCGCCCAAGACUACGACCUCACCCGCAUUGUGGCCGCCUACCAGGAAAGGAAUGUCACCACCGUCCUGAGCAACCCCAGCCCCAUCUGGCUGGUGGGCAGGGCCGCCGAAGCUCCCUUUGUGCUGAACGCCGUCAUUCGAUACCCUGUGGAAGUCGUUUCCUAUCAGCCGGGGUUCUGGGAGAUGAUCAAGUUUGCCUGGGUUCAGUAUGUCAGCAUCCUGCUCGUCUUCCUCUGGGUGUUUGAAAGAAUCAAAAUAUUCGUGUUUCAGAACCAGGUGGUGACCACGAUCCCUGCGCCAGCCGCGUCGCAGGGAGACUUGUACAAGGAGCACUUGUCCUGAGAAGGCCGCUUCUGAAGACUCGGCAGCCCCGGGCCCUCGCUGUCGUGUGAAGAGCGCCGUGGCCGCCUGUGGCCCUGUGUGGCUUCCCCGCCGAGGCGCAGCUCUUUCCACAUCUGCUGUACCCCAGUUCUGUAUCUGCCAAGCGCUGGCCAAAACCACUGGGCACCGGGCAGUGGGGAGGCCCGAGGGCUCCAGAGGCCAUAAUUCGUGGUUUUUGCGUGUUUGCUUGCCUUGCCCUUGAAUUUCAGGAGAACCUUCCAGUCAGUCCAGGCAUCUUGGAAGGAGUCCCAUUUCUGGGCGAGCAGAGACGCUCGCUCUUUUGAACUGGGAGCACUGGGCGUCUCUUCUCCCUUUUGUAAUCCACUCUGACUCCUUUCUGGCCUCUCAUGAUGAAUAUGCAAAUCCCGAGCAACUUCUGCUCCGGGGAUCUACAGUUCCCAUUCAGAGCUUUGAUUUCCAGAAGGAGCCCUUCAGCUGGCGGGCCCUAGAGCAAGCACUGCACACUGUGGGGAGGGGGGCAACACCAGGACCGUCCACCUGCCCUCGGCCCGACGGCAGUGUCCGUCAGCAGCCCAGCUGAACCGCCCUCGCGCCCGCCCUGCCAUGGCUGGCUCCUUGCCGCGCCUCUGCCCCGGGCCCGCGCCCCUGGCUGCAGGCUGCAGCAGAAGUGCUGUUUCACUGGGCCCCUCAGUAGCGGUGGGUGGUGCAAGGGUUGUAACAACAGGUUCUUUCUCUGGCCCUCACCCAAAAGCCUGGACACCCCCCCCACAGCCCACCCCCUUCCUGAGAGGACGUGGGUGACAGAGGAGGCUUUGUUGGGGUUGGCUCCGCUGCCCGACGGCCACAGCGUUCCUUUGGAGGGCUCGUGCGAAGCCCAGAUCCUUGCGCUGCCCUUGACUAAGAACAGGUUGCCCAGCACAGGGGCAGCUUUGCGGGGCACGUGAGGAGCAGGAGGAGCUGAAGAGGCUGCUGGGCUGGCUCGGCAUGCAGUCCAGCCUGGCCGUUAGCAGGAAGACAAGCAGUCCGGCAGCCGGACGACCCCCUUGGCUGAGCUGCUGUCUGCAGGGAGGGAGGCGGCUAGAAAGGGCCUCUUGUGCGGAAGACAUUGGUUUUUCAGCCCAUUCCCACCCUGGGCAAGGGUGCAGCCUCCUCAGAGGCCGGAUGGGGCUGUGUUACAGUCCCCAGCAUGUCAUCAGCACUGAAGAGACACCCUCUGUGACCCACACUUCCUGCCCAGCUACAAACACUCGUCAGUGUGUGCCUCAGUUUACCUUGAGGAUUCAGUUAUUAUUUCCAAAGCACCUUUUCUUUCAAGCGGACCAAAGUAAGAGUUUUUUGUUUUUGUUUUUUUCUUUUUGAGACACAAUCUUGCUACAUACUUCAAACUGGCCUUGAGCUCACUA